UCAAAUUUCGUUUUUGUAAAUGUUGGUGAGUGAAUAAGUGCUUACUUACUGCUUGUUUGGUAAUAAGGUUCAAUUUAUUUUUUUGGGUUAAAAUUUGUUUUUUUUUUUAAUUUUACUAUAAAUUAAUUUUUUUAAUGUUUUUCAAUUAUUUUGAUUUGUGUUAAUAUUAAAAAAAAAAUUAAAAAAAUUAUUUUAAUUUACUGUAUUUUUGCGUCAAUUAGUUUUAUUCUCCUUUCCGCAGGUGCUGAAUGCUAAUUAUAAGCAAAGAGUCAAGAUAAACAUACUAAAUAAAGGGGUACCUACCCUUAUCUUUGGACGAAACCCACGUUCAAUCCUUCGUGCACCAACCUCCUACUACAUCGAAGCUAAAUGUACAUUUAAUUUCCCUUUUUCCUGUUGUCCUUUGGUUUCUGGCCUGUUUAGCUAGAAUUGCUCUAUGAAGUUGACCAAAUUUGUUCUGGCAUGUUGGGGUUUGUUGAUUGUUUGAGGUAUGGGUGAUUGAGAGAGAAUUCAAAAGAUGUUUAUCCUGAUUGAGAAAUUAUGGGUGGCAAGUAAAAACAUUUCCUGAAUUACGAGGGCUCACUGCAUUCUGCAUUUGUGGAUAGAUUUGGACGUUACAGUUGAUCAAGGGUUCUCUUUGUUUUAGCUUGGAAUGAAGAGUUCCUUCAAUAGGAUUUGAUUGAGGCGACACUUUCGUUUGUGAGUUUUACAAUACGAUGAUAACAGUGUUCGAGUUAUAAAUAGUGGGAGAGUAGUGUUAUCGAUAUCUACCUUGGAUGAUGGGCCGAUUUGUUUCGAGAGAAAGGGAGCUUGAAGUUGAUCUUGAAAGUGGCGGGACAACCAGUGAUGAGGAUCGAAUGAGCGAUCCCAUUUCAGCAAAUGGACAAGCCAAGGCACUUUUAAUGGAGGCAUGGACUGUGCCUGUGGGUUUUCUAGGACUGGUGAAUUCAUCAAGCUUUGGCGAGGUUGGUGCUGAGGAUGUGGAAUUGUUGAUAGACAAGAAUUCAGAAGGAAAAGAGGGACAGCAGAAAGCCUUCGUGGAUAGGAAGGAUGUCGAAGAGAAACAUAUAAAGAAGAAUUUGAGAAAACCUCCCAAGCCACCGAGACCUCCUAGAAGUCUGUCACUGGAUGCUUCUGACCAGAAGUUGAUGAAAGAAAUCACCGAGCUUGCCAUGAGAAAACGUGCCAGGAUUGAAAGACUUAAAGCGCUAAAGAAGAUGAGAGCAGCAAAGGCGUCAUCUUCGAGCAGUAGCUUAUCUGCCAUGUUCAUCACAAUCAUCUUCUUCCUCAUUAUUAUCUAUCAAGAAUUGCUUCAACGUCAGCAUGAUUAGGAGUAAACUCCCGUGAGUCUUCAUCCAGCAACAAACAAUCUAUUUCAAGCUAAAAGUCACGCAUCCUCUUUCAAGUGGUCAGCUCAGCUUCUUUGAUGCCAUGAACUCAACCAACUUACUGCUCAGAGCGAGAAAAGACAAACCUUGAAUUUGGCUGCUGCGGAAUUAUCAGAGCAGUACCUGAAAACUGAAAAAAUCCCUUAACAUCCCUGCUUUUUAGCUUUUAUUCCAUGCUCGAUCAAUAAUUCAUCCCAACUUCCCACCAGGUGAAAACACGGUUAUUUUUUUUUGCCGGAAAUGAUUGCUUAAGAUUGUAUUAUCGUACUUGUCUUUAGUUCUCAGGUUUUCUCUAGUUUCAUGUACCAUGCUACAGAUGCACGGCCAUCAAAAUACCAUUUAUAUUCGUUUGAUCCUUGUAUCGAAAUUCAGUAAA